AUGGCCGACAUCACCGACCAGCACGACCAGACCUCGCCUCAGGACAUUGACGACGCCAACUCGGUAGGCAACGGCAGCGCCCCCUCCGAGUCUCGCGGCGUCAAGCGCCAGCGUCCUACGCCCGCCGACGACGACGAUGAUGAUGACGAAAAGGGUGGCCGCGAGCGCCGCAAGAUUGAGAUCAAGUUCAUCUCGGACAAGUCUCGUCGCCAUAUUACCUUUUCCAAGCGCAAGGCCGGCAUCAUGAAGAAGGCUUACGAGCUGUCGGUUUUGACCGGCACCCAAGUCCUCCUCCUCGUCGUUUCCGAAACUGGCCUCGUCUAUACCUUUACGACGCCCAAGCUUCAGCCUCUGGUCACCAAGGCUGAGGGCAAGAACCUUAUUCAGGCCUGCCUUAACGCCCCCGAGCCUGCUGCUGGCGGCGAAAACGGCGUCGACGGCCCAGAGGGCGGCGAGUCGCCAGAGGAGUCUGGCUCCCACAUCCCCCCGCCCACCAGCCGCCCGGGCAUGCCCCAGAACCCUCACAUGCCCGGCAACUACAUGCCCAACAUGCCCCUCGAGGCUCAACAAGCCAUGGCUUACCAAAAUUACGUGCAGCGCAACCAGGCCUACGGCUCGGGCAUGCCCCAACAGCCCGGCAUGGCCCCUAGCAGCCACCACCAGAUGAAAUGGGCCAGGAAUUUAUUAAUGCGGACAUGGGUUAUAUUGUGCGGGAUUUGGUGA